UAAAAUUUUUAGAAGUUAUUAAGCCAUUCUGUGCAGUGUUACCCGAAAUCCAGAAACCAGAAAGAAAAAUCCAGUUCAGAGAGAAGGUGCUAUGGACGGCUAUCACGCUAUUCAUUUUCUUAGUAUGCUGCCAGAUACCUUUGUUUGGAAUCAUGUCAUCAGAUUCUGCAGAUCCGUUCUAUUGGAUGCGAGUCAUUCUUGCAUCAAACAGAGGUACUUUGAUGGAAUUGGGUAUCUCACCCAUUGUGACAUCCGGUUUGAUCAUGCAGCUGCUAGCUGGAGCAAAGAUCAUCGAAGUUGGUGACACUCCAAAAGACAGAGCCUUGUUCAAUGGGGCUCAGAAAUUAUUUGGGAUGAUUAUUACCAUUGGGCAAGCCAUUGUGUAUGUUAUGACCGGAAUGUUUGAAAUGGGUGCUGGAAUUUGUCUUCUUAUUAUAAUUCAGCUGUUUGUUGCUGGUUUGAUUGUGUUGCUGUUAGAUGAGUUGCUACAGAAAGGUUAUGGCUUGGGGUCUGGUAUUUCCCUGUUUAUUGCUACCAAUAUCUGUGAAACCAUUGUCUGGAAGGCUUUUAGUCCCACUACCAUCAACACUGGCAGAGGAACAGAGUUUGAGGGUGCUGUGAUUGCAUUAUUUCAUCUUCUGGCUACACGAACUGACAAAGUCCGGGCUUUGAGGGAAGCUUUUUACCGACAGAAUUUGCCCAAUCUCAUGAAUCUGAUUGCCACAGUAUUUGUAUUUGCUGUAGUCAUAUAUUUUCAGGGAUUUCGUGUUGAUUUACCUAUCAAGUCUGCACGGUACCGUGGGCAGUACAGCAGCUAUCCUAUCAAGCUCUUUUAUACCUCCAACAUUCCCAUCAUUCUGCAGUCUGCCUUGGUCUCGAACCUCUAUGUUAUUUCCCAGAUGUUGUCUGUUCGUUUCAGCGGCAACUUCUUGGUGAACUUGCUAGGACAGUGGGCAGACGUCAGUGGCGGUGGACCUGCUCGCUCUUACCCUGUUGGUGGCCUGUGCUACUACUUGUCCCCUCCAGAAUCCAUGGGUGCAAUAUUUGAGGAUCCUGUCCAUGUCAUAGUUUAUAUCAUAUUUAUGUUGGGAUCCUGUGCUUUCUUCUCAAAGACUUGGAUUGAGGUCUCCGGCUCAUCAGCAAAAGAUGUUGCCAAGCAACUCAAAGAACAGCAAAUGGUGAUGAGAGGCCACAGGGAUACUUCAAUGGUUCAUGAGCUUAACAGGUAUAUCCCUACAGCAGCUGCAUUUGGUGGCUUGUGCAUUGGUGCCCUCUCGGUGUUGGCUGACUUUCUAGGAGCCAUUGGGUCCGGCACUGGCAUUCUGCUUGCGGUCACUAUUAUUUAUCAGUAUUUUGAAAUAUUUGUAAAAGAACAGGCUGAAGUUGGAGGAGUAGGUGCAUUAUUUUUUUAGAUGUCCACAUAUUUCAUGGUUUGUGUGAAAGGGAAAGUAUUUUGACAACAUGUGUCACUUAGUCCACAAUAAUGCUAUUUUCUUUUUUACUUGUUUUCAAGUGCUACGUGUCCCAUUCCUGUAAUGGGCAUUGAGCGAUGCCUGUGUGCAGCAUUAGUACCAGCUGCCUUAAGAAUAAAGUUUACAUUGAUUUUGUUUA